UGUUUGUUUGUUUUUUUUGUCGCAGCCUAUACUGGAUAGUGAUGUGGCUAUUUCAUUGAAAUAGAUGUGUGGUCAGCUAAUUUUAAUUUGAGACCUGUAGAUCUCAAUAAGUUUCUCAAGCACGGGUAAUUCUGGAUAAGUAUACAGUUUAUACUUCUAUAUGGAAUAUAAAACAAAUAUUUUUGAUAGUAUUAGUAUUUUAGAUUGUUUUUAAGGAACCUUAUCGCAACUCCACGGCGCACACUUGUUGACGCAGCCAACGUCAGACCCACGUGACCAGCAGGAAGGAAGAAGGUUAAAGAAAAAAGAAAACAAAAUGGCAGCAGGUUCGGAUCACGGGCUGAAAAAAAUAGUUUGGAAAAGAAUAAAAGAUACAAUAAUCACAGACUGCCGAAAAUCUGACAUAUGGAAGAUUUUGAUUCUGGAUCAUUUCACCACCAAGCUUCUCUCAUCAUGUUGCAAAAUGUCCGAUCUAAUGGCGGAAAAAAUAACAAUUGUGGAGGACCUGUUUAAAAAGAGAGAGCCUGUACUCGAAAUGAAAGCCAUCUAUUUUAUGACCCCGACUCUCAAGUGUGUGGAAGCCUUUAUAGGAGACUUUGAAAAGAAACCAAAGUACAAAGCUGCAUAUGUUUAUUUUACCGACUAUUGCCCUGAUGACCUGUUCAACAAGAUGAAGUCCCGUUGUGGAAAGUUCAUUCGUGUUGUCAAGGAAAUUAAUAUCUCAUUCCUGCCACAAGAGGCACAAGUGUUCACAUGUAACAAUCCUGAAGCUUUCCGGAGCAUCUACAGUCCUCACAGUCAGGAUAAAAGGAGCACACUGGAAACACUUGCAGACCAAAUCGUUACUCUCUGCGCCACUCUGGAUGAGUACCCAGGAGUCCGGUACAAGAAAGAGAGCAACAUGGAGAACGCUAAAACUCUUGCUGAGUUGGUGGACAACAAAUUGGCCAAGCACUACGAGCUGGAUGACAGCGCUAAGAAGAAGGGUAAGACCCAAGCCCAGCUGUUGAUAGUGGAGAGAGGUUUCGAUCCAGUCAGCCCAAUUCUGCACGAACUCACCUACCAAGCUAUGGCCUAUGAUCUCGUUGAUAUUAAGGAUGACACCUACAGGUACAAGUUGAAAGAUGGCUCCGAGAAGCAGGCCCUGCUGAACGAGGAUGACAUGCUGUGGGUGAACCUCAGGCACAAGCACAUUGCUGAGGUCGGUGGAGAAAUCCCCAAGUUGGUGAAAGAAAUAUCAGCAAGCAAACAGCAGCCAGAUGAAAAGAUAACAAUAAGUAAACUGGCUCAAAUGAUGAAGAAGAUGCCGUCAUUCCGCAAACAGCUGAAUGAGAAAACGACUCACCUCCAGCUGGCCGAGGACUGCAUGAAGCAUUUCGCAAACAAUGUGGAGAAACUCUGCAAAGCAGAGCAGGAUCUCGCUGUUGGUGCAGAUGUGGAUGGAGCAAAAGUAAAGGACCCCAUGAGGACUCUGCUGCCAGUGCUGCUCCAUCCUUACACCACCUACGACAAGAUCAGAGCUGUUCUGCUCUACAUCUUCAGUCUCAAUGGAACAACAGAUGAGAACUUAAGCAAACUUAUCCAGCAUGUAAAGAUUGAGGACGAACGAGAGUUUAUACUAAACUGGAAAGAACUGGGUGUCUCCAUCAUCACGCCGAAUCAGAUGAGUUUAUUUUCUCGCAAAUCAACGCGACGUGAUCGAUCCCAAGAGGAGAAGUACAACCUUUCGAGAUGGACUCCAGUCAUUAAAGAUGUGAUGGAGGAUGCAGUGGAAAACAAAUUAGACACCAAAGAGUGGCCGCACUUGUCUGAGUCUCCUGCUGCCUGGAACGGUUCUGGAGCUGUCAGUGCCCGUCAGAAACACAAGGCCAGUGCUCAAGAUGAACGGCGAACUGGUUCUCGCCUCAUCGUCUUUGUUAUUGGAGGAAUAACUUACUCUGAGAUGCGAUGUGCUUAUGAGGUCACCCAAGCAGUGAAAUCUUGUGAAGUUAUUGUAGGGUCUUCUCACAUUCUGACCCCCACCAGUCUUCUGGACAACAUCAAGGCUCUGAGUAAAGCCCCAAUGGAAACCUUUACAAUAGAAGAAAGGAACAACGCCUGAGGAAGCCGUCCCCAACCUCCAACUUAUCUUCACAUCUUUAAUCGCUCAGCACAGUCUCAACGUCCUGAGUGAAAUACUGAAGGGAAUUUGCCUUUUUCUCAUCCUUGUCUUCUCCUGCUCAGUGCACAUUUAUGUUGGUGGGCAUUAGCAGCACUUUAGUCUUUUCACUCUUCAGAUUUUCAUAUAAAAAGACAAACUAAGGAACUCGUUGAUGAAGUCCACUGCUUCCCAAUGAGAUCUACUGGUAAAUCCAAACCCAUUUGACCUUAUUACCUGAAGUGCAUGUUUAUGUUUUUAAAAAAAGACUAACCUGCUUAAAUAAGUUUGCCUUAAUUCUUUAAUAAUGAUGCUUUUGAGGUUUUAGGUUGAAUAGCCUCUUAGAAAUACUAAUAUGAAAAUGUUGAGGGAAAACAAGCUCAAAGUUGAUGUAUAUAUAUACUGAACCUAUGCACUGAGUUCUUACUCUAAUCUUUCACUUUCUGUUAAAAUGUUAGUUUGACUUGUGUAACUGUAAGUAUGUGCUAUUUUCUGAGACAGAACGGCUGACUAAUAAACGGAUGAAGUGGUUCUAA